CCCAAACCUUAGUGCUAGUACUUUUCAAACGCGUCUCUGCCCGGCAGUGCGGCACGGCCAUGGCGGCGAACAGGGCCAGGGGAAUCCUCUUCUCGAUCUCUGUGCGCUGAUUUCCAGGCUACUUCGUCUCGGAGCGAUCAGGAAUUCGGGAAUUUUCUACCGCGGAGCUUGGAGGCUGGAUGGAUGAGCAUUUUGCUCGAUCUUGAUUCUCCAUGGGAGGGGCGACGGAGAGGCAGGCGCUGGUGGCCGUGAAAUCCAUCACUGGCUGCGGCGCCGAGGAUUGGAGCGAGGGCCGAUUGCUGCCCGGGGAUGUAAUCGAGCAGGUCACGGCGGUGAAGCAAGAGGUCAAUGUCUUUGCCAGCGCGCCUUUCAAGGACGGGAAGUAUGGGUUGCAGCGCGAGCUCCGGAAGAUCCACAAGGCGAACGAGACGGCACUGGCGAGAGUGAAGCGAAGAGGUACUAAGGUCGAUUUGAGCGUGUGUGUUGUCUCGGAGGAAGCGAUGAUGCGCAAGAAGCUCUACUUGUUGGCGGAUCCCGUCCAGAAGAACUACGUCGCACUACUCAUGGAUUCUACCGAGGAAGAAUGCGUGGCUCUGCAAGACCAGACUAGAAGGCUUAUGGAAAAGCUCAAGAGGCCCGGCGUCUCCCAGCAAGUCUCCAUAAAGGACCGGCUCAUCUCGUAUCCAUGGCAAUCCAAAAUGCACCAGUUCCUUCCAUCGCCCAAUUCUGCCAUGGUUUUCUCGCUCAUUUUGAUGCCGUUCCAACGCGCCAACGAGGGUGGCGAUGGCGAUCUCGAGAACACAACAGCUAGAGCAAUGGCGUGGCUGUCGGCUUCGCAGAGCUCCGGCGUUCCAGUGAUCUUCGUGAAUAUCCAGAGCGAGCCAAUGUUUCUACAGUCCUCAACUUCGAAAUACUUUGGAUCGAGCAAUCCCGAGGACCCUCUGGGGAUGGUAAACUCGGGAAUGUAUCCAUUGCAUGAACUAGAAGGUACCGAAAUUAAUGUAACUCGGGCAAUCAGGCUUUGGUACUCUCCACCGGAAGGAGAAAUCGCGAUCACACUCCAGCCCACCGAUGGCGAAGCUCGGCUCGGUGUCAAUAUCACUUGCACAGAAGAGGGAUUUUGCUAUGUUUCAUCGGUAGACAUAGGAACAGCGGCCGAUCGAGCGGGGAUACGAAAGAUCUACGACGCGGCAUGCUCAGCAAACAAGCUUUUGGUCGUCUCCCGCGUUGCUGGCGAGAAGGUGACGCCGUGGUUCGUCUCGGCCUCGGGAGCCAUCCGGUGCUUCAAUGCUCACUCCAUCAGCGAGAAGAUCUCAUCUCACAGGCAAGCUCGCGAGCCGAUCGACUUCUACUUCAUGGUCUGGACCGGCGGGACAAACGUGAAGCCAGCGUCGCCAUCUCGCGCUCGCGCUCGCGAUCGCCCUCGUCCCGCCGAGAACCUGGACCGAUCCUCGAGCUCGCUGGAGGGACAGAUGGUGAGCGUGACGAGCUCCAGGUACUCGCUCUCGAGCGAGAGCGAUGGAAAGAUGGAUUCGUUCGGCAGUGGAGAGAAGAUCGAUGGAAGCUUGGAGCUGGCAAUCUCUGACGAUCUCGCAGUGGAGAGAACUUCUUCCACCAGGAGCUUCAACUUCCAGGACGAUGUCCCAUCACUUGGGAAGAACAAGGGCGACAAACUCACGACGAACGAGGAAUUCACAUUCAACGCCACAGGAUGAGGUGUACGCUUUGUAACAUAGAAUAUUCUAAUGGGCGGUAACGGUA